UUUAAAUGUUUAACUCUGGGCAGAUCCGGGCUAUUAGUCGCUCUGGAUUAUAAAACGCGCUGUCAUUAAAUGGUCUAUUUUUGAAGUUUUUUCACAAAUAAACCACACCGGACUUUAAAGGAAACCCAACAGUGUGAUGAGCUGGUUGCAGAGGCAGAGCUGAAGACAUGUUCCCAGGGCGUUUCUAAGUGGGGCUUUUAUUGUGAAAGGGUUUAACAGGAAACAGAAUGUGUGUCCUCUUCCUCCUCCUCCUCCUCACCGUGACCUCUGCCCUCUGCCAGGACGUGAAGGUCGCAGGUCAAAGGUCAUCUUCACAGGACGCCAUCAAGGUGGUGAUCUCCGAGGGCUGUGUGGCUCAGGCUGACGCUGCAGAUGGAACCACAGGAGGUAAAGAGCUGUCCCUGUCCCCCGGCUCUCCUCUGGUUUUGACCCAUCAGAUCCGGCUGGUCCCGUCUGGUUCUGGGUCUGGUCCCGGGUCUUGUGAGUGUGAUGGGGACCUGUCGGCCCUCAGAGCUCGUGUGGAGCGGCUGGAGAGGGAGGUGUCUGCGCUGAGGGAGAAGUGUGGAGACCCAGAGAACCCAGGCUGCUGCUCCUCCAGCGAGAGCAAAGGUCCAGGCUGCUCCAUCUCGCCCGACUCCCGUCUGUGCCCAAACGACUGCAGUGACCAGGGCCGCUGCGUAGACGGCCACUGCCAGUGCUUCCCCGGCUUCUCCGGAGCUGACUGCGCCAAGGAGGAGUGCCCCGUGGACUGUGGCGAGAGGGGGCGCUGUGUGGACGGGGAGUGCCAGUGCGAUCCUGGGUUCAGCGGUCCGGACUGCUCUCAAUCCUCCUGCCCCGGGAACUGCAACAACAGGGGGCGCUGCGUGGACGGGAAGUGCGUUUGUGAGUCCGGGUUUGGAGGAGAAAACUGUGCCGAUAAAACCUGCCCCGGGAACUGCAACAACAGGGGGCGCUGCGUGAACGGGAAGUGCGUUUGUGAGUCCGGGUUUGGAGGAGAAAACUGUGCCGAUAAAACCUGCCCCGGGAAUUGCAACAACAGGGGGCGCUGUGUGGACGGAAAGUGUCAGUGCAAUCCUGGGUUUGGAGGAGAAAACUGUGCCGAUAGAACCUGCCCCGGGAACUGCAACAACAGGGGGCGCUGCGUGAACGGGAAGUGUCAGUGCAGUCCUGGGUUCAGCGGUCCCGACUGCUCUAGAGCUACCUGCCCUGGAAACUGUAACAACAGGGGGCGCUGUGUGGACGGGAAGUGUGUGUGCAAUCCCGGGUUUGGAGGAGAAAACUGCGCUGAUAAAACCUGCCCCGGGAACUGCAACAACAGGGGGCGCUGCGUGAACGGGAAGUGCGUUUGUGAGUCUGGUUUCGGCGGUGCGGACUGUGGCAGUAAAAUGUGCCCGGAUAACUGCGGCGGUCGCGGCGUGUGCGUGGACGGGAAGUGCGUGUGCGAUUCCGGGUUUGGAGGAGAAAACUGCGCCGAUAAAACCUGCCCCGGGAACUGCAACAACAGGGGGCGCUGCGUGGACGGGAAGUGCGUUUGUGACAGUGGAUUUAAGGGGGUGGAGUGCGCGGAGAAGGCGUGUCCAAACGAGUGCAGUGGGCGGGGCAAGUGCGUGGACGGGCGCUGCGUCUGUGAGGUCGGCUUCACCGGAACAGACUGCAGCGCUAAAGGAUGCCCCGGGAACUGCAACAACAGGGGGCGCUGUGUGAAGGGGAAGUGCGUAUGCAGGAGAGGCUUCAGCGGAGCCGACUGUGGACAGUGUCAGGAGGGACUCACUGGACCCAACUGUGACACAGUGAUGUCGGCCGUGGAGGAGCUCCACACCAAAGACUUGACCCAGUCCUCGGUCACUGUGGUCUGGACUCAGCCUCCGGUCCAGUACGAGUCCUACCUGCUCAGCUUCUCCAGCCAGAAGGACGGCUCGGAGGUGCAGGCGGAGGUCCCGGGCUCCGACUCCUCGUUCACUCAGAGCGGACUGGCCCCGGGGCAGAGCUACAGCGUCACGGUGACCGGGCGAACGGGCCAGAGCAAAGGGGCCCCGAACACCGCACGCUUCAACACACUGCCGUCCGGCCCCUCUAACCUCCGUGUGGUGAAGACUUCCACUUCCUCCGCCGUCGUCCAGUGGGAGCCCUCGCUGUCCGACGUCGACCGGUACCGCCUCACCGUCUCCCGCAGCGACGGAGCGGGGCGGAGCCAGGAGCUGACCUUUGACCCCACCACCAGCUCCGCCCACAUCACGCAGCUGGAGGCGGGGCUUAGGUAUGACAUCACUCUGGUGGCAGAAAAGGGGAGGAGCCAGAGCGAGCCGGUGACGACGCACGCCACGCCCGGUUCAGCAAACGUUCUAGUGGCAGCUCUGACCGUAGGACCCUUCACUGAGGACACACUAAACCUCACAACUGAAAAUAACAAUAAAAAUAUUAAAAAACCCAUAACACCGAGACCUGGAAAAGUACCCAAACCCAACAUUACAAAAGUGAUCCAAAGAAUCCAAGUGGCGCCCUCUACUGGUGCCAAAAGAGAUAGUUACCCAACGGUCGAAUCUGGGACCAAUUUAGAAACAAAGAAAGAAAUGAACCUGAAGGAAGGAGACACUGGCACCGGUCUGACCACUCCAGAGCCAAAGCGGACCUGUCUUAACCGAGUUAAAGUCACACACGGAAGAUUAAUCCAAAAGGACAAAACCAGUGGAUGUGCAGAGAGCGAGACAGAAGGAACAGCUGAAAGGUCACCAGGAGCCCAAGGAAGCGAACAAGAACCACCACAAAGCAAAGAUUUAGAAAUACCUGAAGAUCGCAGCUUGGCACAGCCAUAUCCUCUACAAAGACUUUUGACUGACACUUUUAACAAAUUAAACGUAACCACAUUUUCCAUUCACGUGUCCGAGCCUUCCAAUAUUGACUCAGAAGCAGAAAUAGUCGCUGAACAAAUCAUAAAAGGGUUAAAACCGAUUUCUACAAUUAAAAAGUCCAUCAGAUAUUUAGACACUCCCCGCAUUACCUCUUUGUCAUCUGAAAGGUCACAAAUUAAAACAGCUUCUCCAACUUCUGCAACACAAAUUUCAGUUCUUACAAAUGUGGAGACAAAUAUAAAAGACGACGAUAACUCAAGAAACGAGAAUUUGGACGAUCCCAGACCGGAAGAUGACAUGGAAUCGCCCAGAGAAGGAAGCACAUCUACAUAUCGCCGAACUCAACCCGGUCGCACAAUUGUUCGUCGACCACGACCAAAUUUGUGGCAUUUAAGGAACAAAACUGGACUUAUUACAAGAGAUAGCGAUGCUUCUUUGCCCUCAUCAUCUAAAAUGACUUCAAGUUCAACAAAUACACCAUUCCCUGUCACUCAAAAACCAUCUUUGAAUAGUGACAGUGGAACUGAUUUGAACAACGAAGGAGAAUCUGAAGGAGCAAAACCAAAGCAAGCGAUGGCACCGGGGUUAGAACGUCCAAGUGUACCACAUGUGAGACCUUUUCUGAAUAAAACUCACCCCAGUAGUAGGUUCUAUAGACGCCCGAUUCGACUUUUAAACAACAAAACGCAAACGGCAGAGCCACAGGGAGCAGGGGUAGACGGGAUGCCCACCACUGUACCUCCAGGAGAGACCGGACCAAACAUGCCAAAAGAUAGAUUCCCUUUAGCCCGAGCAAGUUUUAACCGCUCAAGGCUUGUGUAUCCACGGCGACCAAAUCAAUUUACAGGACCUUUUCAAAACAGGACGCGCUUAUUUUUUAGACCACCACAAAGAGGACCAAUACGCAAGAACCUGACAGCCGAAAGUGCCCCAAAUGGACACCAAAACAGGGACAGCAAUAGUGCCAUGCAGGAUAAGGCUGAGGGAGGAGCAGGGGCUAAAACUGAAGUUUCAGUUUCAGAAAAUCCAAAUUUAAAUGUAGAUAAUGUUCCAAAAUUUGUUGAAAAUGCAAAAGAUAGGUUACAUAUUUCAAAGUUGGAAGAAGGCAAAAUGGGAGUUGUUAAUACUGGACCACAGAUUCCAAGCGACAGACAUGAACCAGGUAAUGAAGAAAGCAAAAUCAUGAGUCAGACUAAUGAGUCUGAACAGCUGAAAGGUUUAAACACAGGGGAAACGGAUUUAGGCAAAGACAGCAUUGACAUUUUUACACAAAGAAUUGAAAUUGAAAAUGAUGAAAUGGACAAAAAUGUAAAAAAGGAAGAGAAUGAUCCGAACAUUUCACAAGAUGAGCUAAAAAAUUUGGAAAAUCGUGGUUCAAGUAACAUAGAGGAAGAGGAUUUGAGUCUACAUUCAGACGAUGAUAAGGCUGCGAAGGAUAUUGGUCAAAAUAAUCCAGAACAACAGCAAACUCAAAAUUCAGGCCCAGAUUCUCAAGGGACAAACAAUUCUGGUUCACCACUUUUUAGAAGACGGUUCAGACCAGGAGUUCAGCCAAUGGGAAGGGUGCCACUGCGUUUUCAAGGCAAAAUCGCAGCUCGAGAUGGCGUCAGUGGUUCAGAUCAACCAGAGAGGAGCUACCAAGACGUGGCUGCAACUAGAACACAAGAAGAAACUGAAUCCCAAGAAGGUCAUGGAAUUAAAAAUGUUCUGAAAGUGAAACUAGAUUCACCAAAAGAUGGAGGUGCAUCCACGGGUCAGAGAGGAUUACCAAGUCGGACGGUUAUUCGACGAUUACGACCAAAUUUAGAUCAAUCUGAGAGGAUCAUCAAAAAAGUGAUCACAACAAGAAGACAAAAAGACCCUGAUUCCACAGAAGGUCAUGGAAUUCAGAAUGAAAAUGAAAAACUAGAUUCACCGAAAGAGGGAGGCGCAUCCACGGAUGAGAGAAGAGGACCCAGUCAGACGGUUAUUCCACGAUUACGACCAAAUUUAGAUCCACCGGAGAGGAGCAUCAAAAACGUGGUCACAACAAGAGGAGAAGAAGACCCCGAUUCUGUAGAAGGUCAUGGAAGUCAAAAUGAAAAAACAGAUUCACCAAAAGAGGGAGGUGCAUCCACGGAUCAGAGAAGAGGUCCCAGUCAGGCGGUUAUUCGACAAUUGCGACCAAAUUUAGAUCAACCAGAGAGAAGCAUCAAAAACGCGGUCACAACAAGAGGGGAAGAAGACCCUGAUCCCGUAGAAGGUCACGGAAUUCAGAAUGAAAAUGAAAAACUUGAUUCACCAAAAGAGGGAGGUGCAGCCACGAAUCAGAGACGGGAACCAAGUCGGACAGUUAUUCGACGAUUACGACCGAAUCUGCAACAGUUUCGGAAUAAAACCGCGCCCGCCGUGAGGCGUGGUAAUGUUUCUUUGCCUCUGUCAAGCAAAAUGCAUCCAGCUUCGACAGAUACGCCCGAGCUAUCAGAAGAGAAGCCAUCUUUGAGUGACGGAAAAGGAGAAAAACAGUCUCUGAGCGAUAAUGGACAGGGUGAUGACAAAGCUUUAAGAAAAAUGAAAGAGUCUGAAGAUCCAAGAGGACCGCAGAGGCUGGAUGAGGUCUUCUCUGAAUCCGAUUAUAAGCUCACUGUUCUGGGGAAAGGGUCCGGCGUUCUGUCCCGGCUCUCCAAACUGGUCAUAAGCACAGGUCCAGAGCCGCCGACGGACCUGGUGUUUGAUCACGUCACCGAGGACUCCGUGACCGUCUCCUGGACCAAACCCAAGUCCAAAGUGUCUGGGUUUAAAGUGACAUACACCCACACAGAGGAGGGAGAGCCGUACUCUGUGUCUCUGGACCAGGGGAACUCCUCCAUAGAUCUGACUCGUCUCUCUCCCGGCUCCACGUACGAGGUCAGCAUUCUGUCGGUGCUCGGUCUGGACGAGAGUGACCCCAUCUCUGGAACCUUCCACACCCUACCGGAUUCUCCCACAGACCUGAGGGCAGUGAACGUCACAGACACUGGGGCUCUGCUGCUGUGGCGCCCCGCCCUGGCCGCUGUGGAGAAGUACACCAUCGUCUAUGGGUCAGGGACAGCAGCUGAGUGGAGUGUGUGUUGUGUUCAGACUCCUGAGGUGAGAGUCACAGUUUCUGGAAACACCGCAGAAGAACAGCUGAAUGGUCUGCAGCCCUCCACCACCUACACUGUCACCAUCAGCAGUGAACUGGACUCCCGGAAGAGCAAAGAGGCCAGCACCAGCUUCACCACCACAGGAUCAGACGGGGCCGGAGACCUCAGAGCCACCAACGUGACGCCCCGCACCGCCACGCUGUCAUGGAAACCACCGUCCAGACCUGUGACGGGCUACAAACUCAUCUAUGAGACCGAGGGACAGAAAAAGGAAGUGUUGGUGGCUCCUGCAGUCACCCAGUUAAACCUGACGAAGCUGUUCCCGGGGGCAGAGUAUUCUGUGGAGCUGCAGGCUCAGGGCGGAGGAGGAGAGAUUCUGUUUACCACAUUCACCACGGGCUCCCUGCGAUUCCCCUUCCCCUCGGACUGCUCUCAGGAACAGCUGAAUGGUCUCAGAGUCUCCAGCCUGGUGGACAUUUUCCCUCUGGGGCGACAGGGGCCAGCACUGAGCGUAUGGUGUGACAUGGAGACUGAUGGAGGAGGGUGGACGGUGUUCCAGAGGAGGAGAGAUGGCUCUGUGGACUUCUUCAGGUCGUGGAAAGAGUACGUCCAGGGCUUCGGAGACCCCAGCGGAGAGUUCUGGCUCGGUCUGGAAGCGCUGCACACUCUGACCACUAGGGGCAGAAUGACCCUGAGAGUGGACCUGAGGGACGGACAGGACUCUGUGUUUGCUCAGUACUCCACGUUUGAAGUGGCCAAGAGGAACUACCGCCUCACAGUGGCCGGGUACAGCGGUACAGCAGGUGAUUCGAUGUCGUAUCAUAAUAACCGGAUCUUCUCGACCAAAGACCGGGACCCAGCGUCGUUCAUCACGCGCUGCGCCAUGUCCUACCGAGGAGGCUGGUGGUACAAGAACUGCCACGAAGCCAACCUCAACGGCCUCUACGGCAUCAACUCCAAACACCAGGGAAUAAUCUGGACCUCGUGGAAAGGCAAAGAGGUGUCCAUCCCGUUCACAGAGAUGAAGAUGAGACCGACAGACUUUCUCCCAAACAAAAACAACUACAGAGCUUAAAGAGGGGCUGUUCCGCAAAAUGGACUUUGCCGAGCUUUUUCCCAUGUUAUAACAUUGUUCCCUCAUCAAAAACAUGCCUCAAGAGGUUUUAGAUGUCAUCCAUGCAUGUAUGAGUCAUCUAGCGAUCUCUCUAUUCCCAAUUCGAACCCUUCUUACAGUUAGCUGUGAGAUUCUGUACAAGGCUCCGCCCACAAACCAACAUCUCCCAUGCUCCCACACCACAAUUCUCCGUAAAUAUACAAAAACACAGUGCAAAACAAAACACUACAGCUUCACAAACCUGAGGCAAUGUGCAGAGGUUUCAUUAGCGGGGUGCACGCUGGUUGUGUUGUGAUAGCGCUCUGAAGGGGGAGUGAGUUAGCAGGGAGAGCAAAAGGGAGGGGAGGCUCAGAGCAUCAAAAACAGAACUGAAUUUUAUAAAACAUGUCAAUACGUAGUUUUGGGCGAAUACAAUAUUUUCCAAACAGUAAAAGGAAACACAGUGAUCUAAAUAAUCGACGUGUUAAAGUUUAUACCCCAGAGAAGUUAAAUACUCCCUUCUUUAAACAGCAGUUCAAUGUUUUCAUUUAAAACGUGCAAAACCAUAAACAUAAAGAGACUUUUGUAUUUGUAUUUUUAUCCAUGUAUCUUGUAGUAGUGUACAGUAUUUGGAAGCAAGUGCCUGAAGACUUCAAGAUUUCUGUUGGACUCGUGCCUGCCCCCUCUGCUGGCAAAAGUGGGGACAGAAGCUAGAGCGGUUUUAUAAUCAUUUGAACCAAUUAGUCCAAUAAGACUUAAUAUUUUAUGUUUAUUUGCAAGAGCGAAAUUUUUUUAUACUCAGAAUGAGAGUGUAUUAUCAUGUUAAAGACCAGAAAGAUCACUUUAGAACUUUAUUUCUAUCCAAAAAUAGGCUCAUUUCAACAGUUUUAUCUCACAGCACUUAAAUCUCCAAACAGCCAGUCGUCCUGAUGUCGUUGCAUCUUUGUUUUUGUUCUGUAAAUACAUUUGGCACUGUGAGGCUCUUAUGAAUUUGAAUGAGUAAAACAAUAAGCUAAUAAAUAAUAACAUACAAAUGGAA